AUGCCACACUCCAACGCUACAUUUCUGCCUCCUCUUUUAAACCCCGUUACUGGUCAAGAGAUAAACUUUUUGUAUACGCCUCAUACAAGUAUGGCUUCCCACAACAAGAGACCCAGCAAUCGACGUCCAAAGUAUGGAUGUCCCGAGCUGGGCGAGAUAUUAACGCAACAAUAUCCCCCACUCUUUCACGCUGCGACGAAUAUUCCCGCAUUCAUUAAAGCGCUAUCUCAUCUACCCCAUCUACGUCAUCUGACGAUUUCAUGUCCAAAUCAGGAUCCAGCGCAGAGGUAUAGGAGAGAUAUUGUUGAUUAUGCACUUAUUAGCUUGCGGAUCGCCAUUGAGCGAGCACCGAUAUUGAAGUUGGAAAAAUUGUCUAUACAUAUCCAUCCAUCUGGACUUCAAUAUUUGCGCCAUAUGCCUGGAUUCGGAUGUACUCCGUCUGCGGGACGACGAUGGAGACAAGUACGAAAACUCAAUAUCACGAUGGAUUCGUGGGACUUUCAGAGUUUGUUGCCUGGGCGUGAUCAUCUAAAGAUUUUGGAUGAUUAUAUUCGAAAUUUUGCGCCGAAAUUGGAGAAAGUGAGUUUUGGGUGGCAUGGACGAAAAGGUCCUUGUCCAUUCUUUUUAUUCAGUGAUCCGCUAUUUUCACCUCUAAAAGAGACAGUGAAGUUAUUUGGAGAAGUGACGUCCCCGAUGUCGCCAUUACCAGCUGCGCCUCCAAGGCCUCCGAUGGUAUUUCCCAGAUUGCGGUAUCUGCAAGUGAGAAAUACCACGAUGUCAGAACAGCAAGUCGCGGAAUUUGUCUUUGAGCAUCGACACACGGUGAAAGAAUUCGAUUUUGAGAAUACGUCUUUGAUUGAUGGUGGGAUUUGGGAACGGGCAUUGGCACCUUUGACGUCGGGGAAUAGUCGAGGAAGUGAAGAGUGGUUGUCUCAGCCGAGUGGGUCUGAUGUUGAAAGUUUGCAAUAUCAGACUAGAAGUGACUUGUAUGACAUUGAGGAGGCGCCGGAGGUUAUUGAUAGUUUAGCUGGUGCGAUGUUGGCUGGUAUGAAGGAGUCGUCGAUGACUGGUACGAAGCUUAGAAAAAAGAGGUCGCAUCAUCGUCGACGAAGACGCAAGCAUAAGCAUGAGGAGAAAGAAAAGGAGGGUGAGGACAAUGGUUCUGGUAAAGAGAUAAAGCCAAAGAUUUCAGCUCCAAUACCGAUAGCUGCGCCUUCCGUUGAGCUCUUACAUCCAAUGACUUUCAAUCCCAAUAUACAAGGCGUUCAGCGCAAUCUUAAGAAGGAGGAUGCUCAACAGGAACUGAUUAAUGAUCCGGAUAAGAGGAUGACGGCUUUGAAGAAGGCAAGAGAAGCCGUUUUGAAGCAGUUGAGCAAAGAGUUCUGCAAGACUCGAGAUAAAAAAGAACGGGUAUUGACAGCCUGGCCCAAGCCUUUGCAAUUGGUGGCUUCAUGCUCGUCACCAAAGAAGUCCAGAGGUUUUUGUGGUCAUGAGAGCAGUACCGCAUUGGUACCUUUGAUGUUUAGUCGGUAUUAA